AUGUCGGCCGAAGGAAUUGUUGCUCAUAUGAACAAGUCGCACAAGCUGGCUCUUGAAGACUACUUAUUCGCUUAUGGACAUGUACGAAUGACAGACGAAAUUGCCAACGUGAGGCUGGAAAAGAUUGAGCUCACACACAUGACAAUAUCUUUCAACCACUUUGAUGUGGAAUUCGAGAUCGAGAAGGUCAUCCUGUUUGAACCACCUCUCAAGGAGUGGUCAGAGGUCCGUCCCAGGCUCAUCGAGAUGGCCAAGUUUGCGGCAUCCAAGCGAGGCUUUUCGCACAUUCAGAUCAACGAAAUGAGCUACCCAACAGGUGUUGCUGCGUAUGCUUUUCUGGUGCUCGUAUUCUUCCCGAUGAUCUGUUAUUGGUAUCGUCCGGUACUGAACUACGUGCCUCUAGUGGGUUCCUAUUUCAACAAUGGACCGCUGCUGAUCGGCAUUGAGCUUGGUGCACUUGCCAUCCAUAUCGCGGAAUGCUUCUAUUUUUUGAAGCCAAGGCUGGACUUUUACAGAGUGCCCACGGACUUCUUGAUUGAGUGGUACUUUUUUGGCCUGAUUGAAGGAUAUCCUACGGUCAGGAGGUUUGAGAAAGUGGUAAAAGAAAGGACUUGA